ACUCCCUGAGGCAAUACUAAUGAAGUGCUUUCUGGAAUGAGAUAAAAAGGCUGUGAAGCAAAAAGUGCCUACAGUCAGAAGAUCUUUCAGAAGGGAGCUCUUAUUUACUCAGAGAAGAACUGUACAACUUUCAACCCUGAAAAGGCAUCAUGGCUGAAAAACUGGACUACAAUGAUAUUUUACAUAAGUAUUCACAUCUCUUUUAUAGGUAUCCGCUGAGGCUGGUCCAUGGAAUCCCCCUGAUGGAACCUAUUGCAAAUCAGUGGGAUCCCAUUGAAAACUUCCAGGCAAGACCAGAUGACUUAAUCAUCUCGACUUAUCCUAAAGCAGGUACCACAUGGAUGCAAGAAAUUGUGGAUCUAAUACUAAACAAAGAUGAUUUGGAAAAGACACACAGGGCCCCCAUACAUGUGCGGAUCCCAUUUUUAGAAAUCUGCUCUCCACCUCCUAUUCCUUCUGGAGUUGAUACAUUGGUGAAUGUUCCAUCUCCUCGUGUGAUCAAGACCCACCUCCCCUUCCAGCUCGUCCCUAAAAGCUUUUGGGAAAAUAAUUGCAAAAUGAUCUAUGUUGCUCGCAAUGCCAAAGAUAAUCUGGUAUCCUAUUACUUCUUUGAACAGAUGAAUUUAACCCAGCCAGAUCCAGGGUCCUGGGAAGAAUAUCUUACAAAAUUCAUGGAAGGCAAACUUGCCUGGGGAUCUUGGUAUGAUCAUGUGCGGCGUUAUUGGGAUGAGAAAGAUAAUCAUCGUAUUCUCUACAUCUUCUAUGAAGACAUGAAAAAAGAUUUAGCCCGUGAAAUUCACCGUGUAAAAGAUUUCCUCCAGGUCGACUUGCCUGAAGAUAUUGUUCAGAAGAUAAUGCAUAAGGCAACAUUUGAGAUUAUGAAAGAGAAUCCCAUGGCAAAUUAUGAAACCGUACCCAGUUCCAUCUUUGACCAGUCAAAGAGCUCGUUCAUGAGGAAAGGUACAGUUGGAGAUUGGAAGAACUAUUUUACAGUGGCUCAAAGGGAGGCAUUUGAUGCACAUUACCAGGAGAAGAUGAAAGGGACAGAUUUACAUUUCCAGGAAGAAUGACAGACCCAAGAAAUUAUCUUCUCUGGGACUUGGACAAAUAAGUAAAAUACAGUCCCUAACAGUACACUAUUUUUUUUAAAAAAGCAAUUUUAUUAAUUUUAAUGACAAACACAUAAAACAUAAAAACCUCAUCUUUCCUUCAUGAGUUUACAGACAUCUUUCCUUCACGAGUUUACAGACAGUAUCGGUUGGUUUACCACUUUUUUGUGUGCAUCCAUUUCACAGUCUC